AUGCAGCUAAGCAUAAGCCGUGCCAUUGUUAACCCCCGCUCCCCCCAUAAUAUAAAUCUCGCUCACAUUCCUCUCGAUCCUAAUGGCGCGAGCGCCAUGCAUCAAGCAGAGGAACCCACUCAAGACCAGAUGCCACCCCCUUACAUCCCACGUCCUCCUACUCCCUUCAUGCCAGCUCGCCCCCAAACCCCUUACCACCAGCCUCAACCCGAGGCCUCGACUCAACCCUUUCGUCCACCUUCCCCCGUCCGAACCGCUCGGUUCCCCAUUGACGACAACUCGGACUCCGACACCCUCAACAAUCCUCCUGCUAGACCCCAGCCUUCCUCUCAGACCGGCACAACGGACUCUUCAUACUAUCCCGCCUCCGUUCUACCUCGUCUCCCCCUUUAUUUUCACGACUACCUCACCCGAGUCCGAAACAACACUCAGUUCAUCGACGUCCUCGCCCACGUCCCAAACCGCGAUAUCCAGGCUCAAGCCCUUGCCUAUCGCCGCGUCCAGGCCGAGAUCGAUGCCCAGUCCAGCGCCAUUGAGGCCCGAAAACAGGAGCUCUCCCUGGCAAGAAGACGACUCGGAGCCGGAUACUGGGAACGAGACGCCAUCGCCUUGGCCCUCCAGGACAUGGGAGCCGAGGAGGCCAUCGCCCGAGCCCGUGCCAAUCGUGAUAGAGAGGCAGCCGAUCAUGAGGCAGGGAAUGGGAGAGGAGACGACAAUGACGAUGACGAUGACAACGACGAUGAGGAAAACGCUAAUGGAGGUGGCGCAGGACAUACUGCGGGAACAGGAGGAGAGGGAGAAGAUGAUGAUGACGUCGAGAUGUACGAGGACGCGCAAGAGGAAACGGAGCCCGAGUCCUCCCCGACUCGCCCACCGAAUCAACGACCAUCCACCCGCGAUCAUCCCACCCCCUGCACCCGUGCAUGCUUCCACCCCAGCUCAGCCAUCUGCAAGCACUGUCGUUACCUUCGUUACGAGCACGCCCCAGUCACUGACGCCAACACCAUACCCCUCACCCCGGCUUUUUUUGGCAAGACCGCCAAGAAACCCUACUACGCCACCGUCCCCCGUCGAGCACGAGAACCAGUCGACCUUCGUUGA